CCACGCGACUCAGAGCCGGCGCUGCCACCGUUUGAAUCACACCUGCAGCCCAACAUGAAGACUCCCGGCGAGGUGCUGCGCGAGGGUGACCUGGAGAUGCGCAGCGAUAGCCUCUUCCAGCUGUGGAAGAAGAAACGCGGCGUGCUCACUCCUGACCGCCUGAGCCUCUUCCCGGCCGGCCCCGGCGCGCGCCCCAAGGAGCUGCGCUUCCAUUCCAUCCUCAAGGUGGACUGUGUGGAGCGCACUGAGAAGUACAUCUACUUCACCAUCGUUACCACUGACCGCAAGGAGAUCGACUUCCGCUGCGCGGGCGAGAGCUGCUGGAACGCGGCGAUCACCCUGGCGCUCAUCGACUUCCAGAACCGUCGCGCCAUACAGGACUUCCGCAGCCGCCAGGAGCAUGCUGCACCCGCGGCUCAGCCGGAGGCCCGGGCGGCCCGCGCGCCCUGAGCCCGCGCCGCGAGCCACACUGGACCAGUCGGGCCGGACCGGCCGCAUGGCCUCACAAAGCAGGAGCACAGGGGGUGCUCAGGAUGGCGGGGGCCCAGACAGGCUGCCUACUCUCUGACCACAGCGAGGACAAGACUGGCCGCUUCCCUGCCACGCAGAGGAGGACCUUUCCGUGCGUGCGAAGCCUCGCCCCGCUGCGCGGGCGCAAUUAACUUAUUGGACUAUCUAUGUAUUUAUUUUGAUGGUUAUUUUUGUCAAACAGUUCUGUCUUAAUAUUUUGUUUUUGCAUCGAUGUGCCAUUCCAAAUAAAUUACCUGAGCUGUUCUCUUUUCUACUAGA